AUGGAACGAACAGAAAUAAAUGAAGGUGCAACGGUUGGAGAAUCAGCUGUUCGUGAUCAUAAUGAUACAAAUACCAUUCGUAAUAAUGAUCAUGUUACUAUUAAUAAUAAUGACUCUGUUACUGCUAAUAAUAAUGAAUUGGUUAUUCUCGGUACAAAUAAAAAAAAUACACGUCGUAAUAAUAAUAAUAAUAAUAAUAAAACAGUUAUUUCUGAUACCAAUGAACCAGUGGUUAUUGAAAAAGAUGUCAAAGGUACGGUUGUUACUGUAAACCGAAUGAAACAUUACUCAUUUAUCAAACGUAAAGACAAAAUACAAUCUCGAGAUAUAUUUGCUCGUGAAGUAUCAAUUAUAAAUGAACCAAAUCAAAGAAAAUUUUUUGUAUCUGAUACAUAAGAUAUAGCAAAUAACACAUGUUUUGGUGGUGGUUUAAAUCGAUCUAUGCUUCAUCAAUUUCUUGGUUAUCAAGAAAUUCUUAUGUCUAGUAUAAACCAAUUAGCAGAAAAAGAAACUCAUAAAGAUUAUGUUCGACUUGUAAUGACUAAUGGUCAUUUUUGUUUUGUCGGUGCAUGGCAUAAUCGUCGAUGGCGGACAUAUUUAGUGUCUUUAUGUGUUAUGAUUGUAUUUACAAUUAGUAUUUCAAUGCUUUUUCGUUAUUCACAUUUUCAAAUAUUUCUUUUUAUUGCUGGUCUGUUACAUAUGAUUGAACAUAAGACACCAAUUGCAUUUCCUGCUGCACCAUUAUUAACAGCUAUAUUGGCAUUAAUUGGUAAUUAA